GUCUGAUGUAACAGUCGUCCAUCCGAAUGCUUUCCCAGGAGAGGAAAAUCCAUCCCUCAGGUUCUCACAAAAUCAACCAACAAAGAAAGAAAAACAUCUUCAAACCAAACAAUAACCAUCAAAAUGAAGUUCGCUGCCGCCAUCACCCUCUUUGCUGCUUCUGCCAGUGCUUUCAGCCCCUUCAGCGGAGCCAAGAAGGCUGCUGCCGUUGCCACCCCUGCUUUCACUGUUGAAACUAUCCCUGGAGCUCUUGAACCCAUGGGCAUCUGGGAUCCUCUUGGAUUUGCUGCCAAGGCUGACGAGAAGACCCUCAAGCGAUACCGUGAGGCUGAACUCACCCAUGGACGUGUUGCCAUGCUUGCCACUAUUGGUUUCUUGGCUGGAGAAGCCGUUGAGGGAUCCUCUUUCUUGUGGGAUGCCAGUGUUUCUGGACCUGCCAUCACCCACCUUACCCAGGUCCCCCCACUUUUCUGGGCUCUUUUGGCAACUGGAAUUGGUGCUGCUGAACAAAAGCGUGCCGAAAUUGGCUGGGUUGAACCUUCCAAUGUCCCUGUUGACCAACCAGGCCUCUUGCGUGCGGAAUACACCCCUGGUGAUAUUGGAUUUGACCCCCUUGGCUUGAAGCCUGAGGAUCCUGAGGAGCUUUUGGUCCUCCAAAACAAGGAACUCCAAAAUGGACGCCUGGCUAUGCUUGCCGCUGCUGGAUUCAUGGCUCAAGAAUUGGCCGAUGGAAAGGGAAUCAUGGAGCACUUGAUGAACUAAGUUCGCACAACAAUACACAUUUCUUCUGGUGGUUGAACUGUGAGGAAGUGAUGUCUCUAUGCGGAGUUGUACAUAUUCAUGGGUGGCAUCACUGGUGCGGAAGACUGCCGAGGGCAACGAAAGCUCGAAGGCGAAAAGAAAAAUAGUCUCACCACCUUUGUACAUAAAUAGUAAUCGAAAGAUUACAAGCCU